AGCGCGGGCUGGAGGGUGGGAGGGAGGGCGGGCGAGGGGAGAGGACUGAGCACCCAGGACCGGACAGGCCCGGCCGAGGGGCGGCGGCGAAAGGCAGAGCGCCGCGAUCUCUGUCAGGAAGCGCAACCUCCCCGGGCCCCGCGGGGCCGCGCAGGGGACGUUCUCAAUCCCGCGUCCGCUCCCUCUUUCCAUCCCCUGCCGCCCGCAGGCCACCCCGGGGCCCGGCUAUCCGCGCGCGCGUCCUCGGGCUCGGGCCCGUCCCCGGCCCUCGAGGGAGCCGCCGCCUUCAUCUACACCUCUGCAGCGGCCGCGCCAGAGGCCGCCCGGGCAGGACCCCGGCUUGAGCAUCGAGCGCCCCCCAAGGAGUGCACGACCCCCGGAGCCGCCCUCAACACGGACCGCGCCCGCUGGGCACACAAGAAUGGUCACUCAGAUACUCGGGGCCAUGGAGUCUCAGGUGGCGGGGGGCCCGGCCGGCCCGGCCCUGCCCAACGGGCCACUCCUUGGUACAAAUGGAGCCACUGAUGACAGCAAGACCAACCUCAUCGUCAACUACCUGCCCCAGAACAUGACCCAGGAUGAGUUCAAGAGUCUCUUUGGCAGCAUUGGUGACAUCGAAUCCUGCAAGUUGGUUCGGGAUAAGAUCACAGGGCAGAGCCUCGGUUAUGGGUUUGUGAACUACUCUGAUCCCAACGAUGCAGACAAAGCCAUCAGCACCCUCAACGGCCUCAAACUGCAGACGAAGACCAUCAAGGUGUCCUAUGCCAGACCUAGUUCUGCAUCCAUCCGUGAUGCUAACCUAUAUGUCAGUGGACUCCCCAAGACCAUGAGCCAGAAGGAAAUGGAGCAGCUCUUCUCCCAGUAUGGCCGCAUCAUCACUUCCCGCAUCCUGGUGGACCAGGUCACAGGUGUCUCUCGGGGUGUGGGAUUCAUUCGCUUUGACAAGAGGAUUGAGGCUGAGGAGGCCAUCAAAGGACUGAACGGGCAGAAGCCGCUGGGUGCGGCGGAGCCCAUCACGGUCAAGUUCGCCAAUAACCCAAGUCAGAAGACUGGCCAGGCCCUGCUCACUCACCUCUACCAGUCAUCAGCCCGACGCUACGCAGGCCCCCUACACCAUCAGACGCAGCGCUUCCGGCUGGAUAACUUGCUCAACAUGGCCUACGGAGUCAAGAGUCCCCUGUCGCUCAUCGCCAGGUUCUCGCCCAUCGCCAUCGACGGCAUGAGUGGCCUCGCAGGCGUGGGCCUGUCGGGGGGUGCGGCAGGCGCUGGCUGGUGUAUCUUCGUGUACAACCUGUCGCCGGAGGCGGACGAGAGCGUGCUGUGGCAGCUGUUCGGGCCCUUUGGGGCAGUCACCAACGUCAAGGUCAUCCGCGACUUCACCACCAACAAGUGCAAGGGCUUUGGCUUCGUCACGAUGACCAACUACGACGAAGCUGCCAUGGCCAUCGCCAGCCUCAACGGCUACCGCCUGGGCGAGCGCGUGCUGCAGGUGUCCUUCAAGACCAGCAAACAGCACAAGGCCUGAGCCACGGCCGCCCGCCCUCCCCACCCUCCCCGGGCAGCAGAGAGAGAGAGAGAGAGAGAGAGAGAGGGGCCCCGAGAGAGACAGCGCAGGCAGACCACCGACGGCACGAGGGCCCCGCGUCCCUGCGGAAGCCACAGGGUGAGCAUUUGGGGUGGGGGGGGAGAGUCUACAGGGAAUGGGGGGGUGCCUGGGGGUCCCCCACCCCAUCCUCCUGCCCCCACCCCAGGCUGGGCUCUUCACUCUCUCGUCUUGGUUUUGUUCAUGGCGAUGGUUUUUGUUUCUUUUUUUGGCUAAAAAGAAAGCAGAGAUGUGCCCCGCCCCACCUUCAACCACCCUCCACGGGAUGGCUUUGCAGGGGUGCUGGGGGUGCGCUCCCAGACCCCCCUGCCCAGGCCUCCCCAACACCUAGAUGAGCCUGAGGGGAGGGGGGACAGGUUUAAAAAUCCCCAAAAAAACAAAACGGAGGAGGGGUGUGGGCAUCCCUGGCCCAGAGCCCCUGGAUGGAGUAUGAGGUGCAGGGGGAGGGGCUGGAAACAGAAACAAAAUGAAAAAAAAA